AUGGGCUCGACUAGGGAAGUGGAUGAGCCGAAGAUGCAGGUUAUUGUUCUGGGUUGUGGCGGCGGACCCAGAGAGGAUAAUACAACCUCUUUCCUGGUGCGUUCAACGGCUACCAAAUGGUCCAGAGGAUCCUUGCUUGCAGUUGAUGCAGGAACCCAUCUAGCCGCCAUUACCAGGAUCCUCGAAAAGCAUUUGCCCGCCAAAACCUCCCAUGAUGCAGAUGAGCUGCCGCAUACAUUGACAGAGGGCCCUUUCAAAGGCCUCAAGUUACCCAACUUUUCAGCUUCCGCCAAUGCCGGGUAUAUUGUACGUACAAUAGUUGAUGCCUAUCUGAUCACCCAUCCGCAUCUGGAUCAUAUCUCUGGCUUUGUGAUAAAUACUUCGUCAUUGCCGGGGACUCGCCCAAAACGCCUUGCUGGAUUGCCGUCGACUAUCAAUGCGUUUAAAGAACACAUUUUCAACAACGUUAUAUGGCCAAAUCUGUCCGAUGAAAACAACGGGGCGGGUUUAGUUACUUACAUGCGACUUGUUGAAGGUGGCUCUCCAGCUAUGGGUGAUGGUGAAGGUAAAGGAUACAUGGAGAUAUGCGAGGGGCUAAGCGUGAAGACUUGGAGCGUCAGUCAUGGUCACUGUAUUGAGAAACAUAGUCACCGAGGCUCCAAUGCUGGGCUUCCCGAAGGCUCACCACGACUAGGACCUACCUCAAUCUCUCAGAUGGAACUAUCAACCAGGUCAAGCUCCGGUAGGAUUUUGUCACCGGCAGAUGUGUUGAGAACUGACCCUUAUGAUCGAGUCUGCGUGUACGAUAGCUCAGCAUACUUCAUCCGCGAUAUUGCCUCUGGCCGAGAGGUUCUCAUUUUUGGAGAUGUCGAGCCAGAUUCCAUUUCCCUGUCACCGCGCAACAAGCAAGUAUGGAGCGAAGCAGCACCAAAAGUAGUAGCCGGACAGCUUGGCGCCAUAUUCAUCGAAUGCUCGUACGACGAUUCCCGAUCCGAAGACACCCUUUUCGGCCACCUGGCACCGAGGUACUUGAUCGAGGAGCUGAAGUCGUUGGUAGCUCAGGUCCACUCAUACAACGGCCGAGCCAAAGAAAAGAAGAAGCGGAAGCGAAUUAGUGAGCGCAACGAAUUACGUCAACGCUCAACCAGAACUUCCCUCAGCAAAGAUUCCCCCGUCAGCCCGUUGACACGCACCAGCCGCAGGAGCUUCGAGUUCGAAGUCACGCAGGCGGAUGGUAUCGAGGAACAGAGUGAUGGCGCGGCAGCGGCAAGUCAGGAGCAUUCAAUGCGCGGCCAAGGAGAGCUGCUGUUGAGAGGUAUAAAAGUAGUGGUCAUUCACACGAAGGAGAAACUAGAUGAUGGCCCGGCGAUCGGAGAUCUCAUUUUACAGGAAUUACUCGAUUGGGAGAGUGAGGAACAGCUGGGGUGCGAGUUUAUCGUGCCGAAGUUUGGAGAUGCGUUGUACUUUUAG